AAAAAAAAAACCCCAAAACUAGAAAGAAAAAAAAAAGAUCAAGAAAAAAGAAAAAAGAAAAACAUAUCUUCCUUUCCCUAAUUAUUAUUUUUUCCAGAAACAAACAUAUACAUAAAAAUCCCUUUACAUCUUCAAAUAGGUCAAUGCUAAUUCCUCAAUUUUUCUUUGAAUUUUGAUUAUGAUUAUUCUCUCACACAUAAACGCACACUUCAGUCUAUGUUACCCAUUUUCUUGAAAUACUAAUACUUCUCAUUUCUAGUUUUUUUUUUAAUUUUAAUCUGGAUUUUCAAGAUCCUUAUAAUUUUCUUGAAAUGAAAAAUCCCGUCUUUAUUAUUAUUACAUAGAAACAAGAAGAGAUUCUUGGUUUUUUGUUUUUGUUUUUUUUUUUUUAAUUGUAUACAUAAUUUUUUUUUUCUUCAUUUGGGGUUUCUUUUAUCUCCAUUUGAAUCUGUUGAUCAACAAGUGAUAUCAUAGUUUUGUUAGGGUUUAUUUUUUCUCUAUUUAUUUUUAAUUAUUUUUGGGGGUGAAAAAUGGUUUUAGGAGCAUAUCAAGAAUCAAGAAUCAUUGUUAAAUUUGGUUACUGGUAGUAUUGAAAAUUACUUGUUUAGCCAUUUUUUUGUUGUUGUAACUUAAAUUGUAAUAUUAGUGGAGUUAACUUUAGAAGAAAGGUUGAUAGAUAGAUAUUGGAUUUGAUAAAAGGUGAAAAAGAGAGCAUUUCAAGUUUUUUUAGUGUGGUUAAACAAGUAGUGUUGUGUAUGGGAGAACAUGAGGGAAGUGGGCUAUUGCCGAACGGGCUAUUGCCCGAUGCAGAACCAGUGAUCCGAGUUCUUGAAUUUGAAAGAUGGUCAAGGGCUGAGGAAAGGACUAGUGAGUUAAUUGGUUGUAUUCAGCCUAAUGGACCAUCCGAGGAGCGGAGAAAUGCCGUUGCUGAUUACGUUCAACGGCUUAUCAUGAAGUGCUUUCCUUGUCAGGUUUUCACUUUUGGUUCAGUACCCUUGAAGACUUAUCUUCCUGACGGGGACAUUGAUUUAACUGCCUUCUGUAAUAACCAAACUUUGAAAGAUACAUGGGCUUAUCAGGUUCGGGAUAUGUUAGAGGAAGAGGAGAAAAAUGAAAACGCUGAAUUUCGUGUUAAGGAGGUUCAGUACAUUCAAGCUGAAGUGAAGUUAAUAAAAUGUUUAGUUGAAAAUAUCGUGGUUGACAUAUCUUUCAAUCAGCUAGGGGGUUUGUGUACCCUUUGCUUCCUUGAGGAGGUCGAUCACCUGAUAAACCAGAAUCAUUUAUUCAAGCGCAGCAUUAUUUUGAUUAAGGCGUGGUGUUAUUACGAGAGCCGUAUACUGGGUGCUCAUCACGGUCUUAUUUCAACUUAUGCCUUGGAGACCUUGGUUCUUUACAUAUUUCACAUGUUCAACAAUUCUUUUGCUGGGCCUCUUGAGGUUUUAUAUCGCUUCUUGGAGUUCUUCAGCAACUUUGACUGGGACAACUUUUGUGUUAGCUUGUGGGGACCUGUGCCAAUUAAUUCACUUCCUGAUGUCACUGCGGAACCUCCUCGAAAAGAUAGUGGAGAAUUGCUUCUCAGCAAAUUGUUUCUUGAUGCUUGUAGCUCUGUAUAUGCUGUUUUCCCUGGUGGCCAGGAGAACCAAGGACAACCGUUUGUUUCUAAAUAUUUUAAUGUGAUUGAUCCUUUGCGAGAAAACAACAACCUUGGCCGCAGUGUGAGUAAAGGUAACUUCUAUAGGAUACGGAGUGCAUUUGGAUUUGGUGCCAAAAGACUGGCAAGAUUACUGGACUGCCCCAAAGAAAAUCUCAUUCAUGAAGUAAAUCAGUUCUUUAUGAAUAUAUGGGACAGGCAUGGCAGUGGUCAAAGGCCGGAUGCAUCAGGGGCUGACUUGUUGUGUCUUAGAUUGCCAACACCGGAAAGUGACCUACCUGACUCAGAGUACGAUAGGGUCAACUCUAGUGGGAAAAAGGUGAAUGGAAAAUCUUCUGGUCAUGAUGAUUUAGCUCAAUCCUCUUACACCGAGAGCCAAAAGAACUAUGAAAAUUUGAGAUCCGAUCAAACGAAAAAGGAGGUCACUUCCUCUCAGGCUCUUCGUUCUGAUAAAAAUCAGAGAAAUUUAAGAUCUGAUCAAACAGCGAAUGAUAUACAGGGCAAGUUUGUUUUUUCUAGAACACGGUCUAGUCCUGAGCUGACGGAAGGAAGGCGUGGCAAUGUUCCGGAGACUGCAAAAAUGCAACCUCCUCCAUUGAGGCAGGAUAGUAGGAACUGGAGGAAGAAUCAAGGAUCUGAAAAUUUAGCAAGCCAGAGCGGUCCAUCUCUAAAUAAUGAUACUUCAUCUAUCAGACAUUUUCCAUCUCAUCAAAGUCUUGAUGACUCCAACAGUAGAUCAAAUAGCUUUAAUCGAGAUGUGGGUUUAGAUGCUCCGAGUGAAGAGCUUUCAUUCACUGGUGGUACACAGGAUGAGCAAGAUCUUGUGAACCUGAUGGCGGCCUCUACUUCACUCCAUGGUUUUAAUAAUGGUCAAGUUCAUUUGCCGUUUAAUUGGGCUUCAGCCCAACUGCCUUUCCCUAUCUCGCCUUCCGUUCUGGCUUCUAUGGGAUAUAAUCAACGAAAUAUUCCAUUUCCUGUGAUUGAUCCUGCAUUUUCCAAUAUGCAAUUUCCUCAUGGUAUGAUUCCGCCCCACUUAAAUCAUUACUUCCCAGCCCUUGGCUUGAGUCCAACUUCUGAAGAUACAAUUGACCGGAACAAUGAAAAUUUUAGUUAUAUGGAUAUGAACUCAAAAGAUUUCUGGCACGAGUCAGAUGCAGGUUCUAACGUUGAAUUUGAACCAGAAAACGGAAAUUAUGAAACUGAUCAUAAGACACAUGCAGUCCAGUCAGGUUUUAAUUUCGUUCCUUCCUCCGGUACUAGAUCUCAGCAGAAGCAUGCAAAGGAAAAACGUGGGCCAAUCAAGGAAGAACAUUCUGAUGAUAUUCAUGAUGUUUAUGCUGAAGAAAGAUUGGCAAGUUCAAGGUUGUCAACCACUGCUCACAGUAGCUCUGUGAGAAGCAAAACCUCUUCGGAGAGUUCUUGGGAUGGUUCUUCUUCUAAAAGUACAAAGUCAACAAGGGGAAGACAGGGAAAUAAAACAGAGCCAACUACUAGUUAUGGAAAAGGUAAGAUGAUGUCUGACCAUAUGGGUACUGAGGAGGAUGAUCAGGAUUGGAACGAAAUGACUGAGGGAAACCAAGUACCUCAAUCUAUUAUCUCCAUGCACAUUGCAAGGCAUGAAUAUGAAGGUGCUCAGACAAGUGGAUCUUCCGACCCAAUGAUACCCAUUGCACCAAUGCUCAUAGGGCCUGAUUCUCGGCAAAGAAUGGCGGCGAAUAAUUCUGGGGUUAUUGCUUUUUAUCCCACUGGACCACCAGUUCCCUUUCUUACAAUGCUUCCAGUAUAUAAUAGUCCACCUGAGUCUGGAACUCCUGAUGCAUCAACCAGCCACUUUGGAAGAGAAGAAUGCUUUGAUAAUCCGUCUGAGGGACCUGAUCACACUGAAAAUCUAAAUGCUAUUAGAGGUGCUACUUCUAUAGAAGCACAUAAGUCUGAUAUACUUCACAGUGACUUUGCUAGUCAUUGGCAAAAUUUACAAUACGGACGGUUUUGCCAAAAUCCAAGGCAUCCUGGGCCACUUGUUAAUCCUUCUCCUGUUAUGGUACCACCUGUAUACUUACAGGGUCGUUUCCUGUGGGAUGGUCCGGGAAGACCGUCGUCAGCCAACAUGAACCUUUUUACUCAGCUGAUGAGCUAUGGUGGUCCUCGUGUAUUACCGAUUUCACCGCUACAAUCUGUUUCAAAUAGACCUCCCAAUAUGUUUCAACAUUAUGUGGAGGAUAUACCCAGAUAUCGUAGCGGGACAGGAACAUAUUUGCCAAAUCCAAAGGCUUCAGUGAGGGAUCGGCACGCUCCUGGUACAAGAAGGGGGAAUUACAACCAUGACAGAAACGAUAACUAUGGUGACAGAGAGGGGAAUUGGAAAUCCCGUGGUGGUGGGCGCAACUACAGCCGCAGCCAAUCUGAGAAAUUUAACUCAAGAUUGGAUCGUCCGGUCUCCAGUGAGAGCAGAUCUGACAGGUCAUGGAGACACGACUCCUUCCCUUCAUAUCAGUCCCAAAAUGGUCCAUUGCAUGCAAACUCCUCAAGCCCAAGUGGGGUCCCUCCCAAUAUGGUGUAUGGCAUGCAUCCUGUGAACCCAAAUGCAGUGUCUUCCAAUGGACCUCCAGUUGUAAUGUUUUGUCCAUUUGACCAAAAUGGAAAACAGCUUGAGUUCGGGUCUAUGGGUCAAGUAGGUGUAAAUGAACAAGCCCAGACAGGUGAUGGAAGUCGACUAAAGGGAGUAUUUGAGGAACAGAGAUUUCAACGGUGUUCUCCUGAUCGACCAUCUUCACCGCAUUAUCAAAGGAGGAUUUAAUUAUUUUGGAAGAUCAUUUUUCUCGAAAGAAUUGUCAAUUGAAAAUGCUGAUUUUUCAUCCCAUGAAUAUUAAGCAGAAAGAAGACCGAGAAGUGGUGAUGCAAGAAACAGCGGCGAGGGCUGGCGUGUUGCUCAAUCAUUGUUAUCCUCACGUUCGAAUAGGGCUUUCGUGCACUAGCUUUUCAAAAUUUUCUAGUAAACGGUCACAUCUUGGUCCGUAGCUUCUACUUAUUCAACUAAGAUGUGAAAUCAUGAUGCCCCUCUUCAACGACGCCAAAGGUAAAAUGUCAUGUAGAUUUUAUAUUCCUAUUGUAGGAUUGACAUAUUGUAACCUUAUUGAAGUUGGUAAGUCUUCAGAGAAUUUAGGGGUUGCUAUGCUAGUGUUACCAUUGGAAUUCAUUUCCAAUGGAAUGUACCAGAAUUUUGUUUUACAGAUGACUCUGUAGUAGCUUCAGUUAACUCUGGGAUUUCGACAGUGUAGUGUUAUAUGAUUUUUACCAUGGUGAAUUUAGCAGACAGAGAUUAGAGUUCAUUUCAA